GGUUGUUUUGAUCAUAAUCAUUAUAAAAACGAUCGUCUUAUACAACGCAUCAUCAUUGUACCGCAGAGUGUAUAGUUGUGCGAGUUUAAUUUGUUUAGUGUGCGUUGUGAAUUAUUUAUUUUAUUACCGGAAUCAAUUGAUUAGGAAUAUAAUAAGAUAAAAUGAUAGAAUGGAUAUUAGGGGCGGCCCUCUUGGCUAUUGUUAUCUAUCAUUUCACUAUCAAACCAAUGACUUAUUGGACUGAAAGAGGAGUGAAACAAGGAAAAUCUAAAUGGCUAGUUGGAGAUAACUGGGGUUCAGUAACUAGAACACAAAGUUUUGCUGAUAUGAUUCUAAAAGUUUACAAUGCAGUACCAGAUGUCAGAUAUUCUGGAAUAUAUCAAUUCACUUUACCCACGCUUCUUGUUAAGGAUCUUGAAUUAAUUAAUCAAUUGGGUGUAAAAGAUUUCGAUCAUUUUAUGGACCACAAGGCUUUCAUUCCUGAAAAAGCUGAUCCUCUAUGGGGAAAGAACUUAUUUGCUUUGACAGGUCAGAGAUGGCGCGAAAUGAGACCUAUACUUAGUCCUAGUUUCACUAGUAGUAAAAUGAAAGCUAUGUUUGUUUUGAUGUCAGAAUGUGCUAAGAAUUUCAGCGAAUACUUUAUACGAAAAGACAAGGAUUCUAUAGAAGUGGAAAUGAAAGAUUUAUUUACCCGCUUUACAAAUGACGUUAUCGCAACUACAGCUUUUGGGAUAGAGAUUAAUUCUCUAGAGACACAAGACAACGAAUUCUACAUUAUGGGACGAGACAUUACUAAUUUCAAGGGCUUUUGGAAAAGUAUGAAAUUCUUUGGAUAUUUAAUUAUACCAAAAAUUUUAUCAUUUUUGAAAAUUAGAUUCUUCGAAAAAUCUGUAGCAAAUUUUUUCACAAAAAUUAUUGACGAAACUAUCAAAGUCAGAAAAGAGAAAGGCAUCGUUAGACCCGAUAUGAUUCAUUUGUUAUUGGAGGCAAGGAAAGGUGGGAGUCAUAAAAAAGAAAAAGUGGAAGAUGUCGGUUUUGCAGUAGUAGAAAAAACAGAUUUAGGAAAAGCAUUUAUCAAGGAAAUCACCAAUUUGGAUAUUGCAGCUCAAGCUAUGAUUUUCUUCUUUGCUGGAUUUGAUACGGCCUCUAGUUUAAUGUCUUUUAUGGCGUAUGAGUUGGCUCUUCAUCCCGAAAUCCAGAAAAGGCUAAGAGAAGAAAUUGAAAAAACUCUCGAAGAGUGUAACGGAAAUGUUACUUAUUCUGCUAUUUUAAAAAUGAAAUACAUGGAUAUGGUAGUAUCAGAGUCUCUUAGAAAAUGGCCAAUCGCUAUAGCAAUAGAUAGAGUUUGUACUAAACCAUACACAAUUCAACCAACAAAGCCUGGAGAGAAGCCUCUUCAUAUCGAAAAAGGUACGAUAAUAUGGUUUCCCAUUUUUGGUAUUCAUCACGAUCCAGCAUACUACCCCGAUCCAGAUCGAUUUGAUCCAGAAAGAUUUGGAGAGGACAAUACCGAAAAUAUCGUUCCAUAUAGUUUUUUGCCUUUUGGUGUAGGUCCAAGAAACUGCAUCGGUUCUAGAUUCGCAUUAUUGGAAACCAAAGUUGUAUUUUUUUAUAUAUUAUGUAACUUUGAAAUUGUACCUAAUGCGAAAACGGAUAUUCCAAUACAAAUAUCAAAGUCGUCGUUCAACUUGUUAGCAGAAAAUGGUUUCUGGUUUGAUUUGAAGCGCUUGCGUAAAUAAUGUAUUGAAUAAACUAUGAAUAAAAUUUUGUUUAAUUCAUUUAAUUGUAUGUUUUAUAAUGUAAAAGAAGUAUUUAAAUAUAUAUUUAAAUGUAAUGUUUGAAAUAAAAAUUUGCUAUGAUUCUACAUUUUGAA